AUGCAUGCCAGCUUUAGUAAAUGGUCUCGCCAAUAUGGGAUGAUUUUCUCGUUGAAAUUCGGCCCUGGAGACGCCAUAGUGCUCUGCGACCGAAAGGCUGUCCAUGAUCUCUUGGACAAGAAGGGCAAUGUUUAUUCGGAUCGCCCUGAACCGCACGUGGCAGAGCUUCUGGGUGUGAAGCACAAUGUCUUCACGACUUCAAUGAACAACAUGUGGAAGGAGAAGAGAAAGGUUAUCGCGCAUAACCUUUCGCCAGCCCAGCUAGACAACAAGCACUUCCGAGUCCAAGAGGCUGAAGCCACGGUACUUAUGAACGAUUUCUUUAUUAAGCCCGAAAGUUACCGCGAACACAUUCGUCGUUACACAGCAUCUAUCAUCCACGUUCUAAUCCAUGGAUAUCGAGCAACUUCCUCUGAGGACUUUUGGGGCCAUGCUGUGUAUGAAAUUAUGGAGCGACGAUCGACAUGCCUGGAACCUGGAGCCAUUCCCCCGGUGGACCAGUUCCCCUUCUUGAAGUAUAUACCGGAGAAGUUGGCAAGAUGGAAAGGUCAAGCUAGGGAUUCCAAAGAGUGGACAGAGAAAAUAUGGGGCGAAGCGCGAGACCGUGUAGAGAAGCGAAGGGCACGGGGAGAUAAACGAGACUGCCUUGCAGACGUUUUACUCGACGACUACGACAGAAACGGUUUCCCGAUGAGCCAGACGGAGUUCAACUUGCUUCUUGGGGAAAUGAUUGAAGGUGGCGCAGAUACGUCUUCGUCGGCAAUAGCAACACUCCUUCUUGCACUGGCAAAGUACCCUGAUAUUCAAAAGAAGGCCCAGGGGGAGGUCGACAAGGUGUGCGAGUCAGAAAGGUCGCCGGUGUGGAGCGAUUUCGAGAAGCUACCAUAUAUUAACGCUCUGGUGAAAGAGGGUCUGCGAUGGAGGCCUGUAGCGCCAACCGGGCUUCCCCACAGAGUGAGACAAGAUGAUACCUAUAAUGGAAUGCUUAUUCCCAAGGACACGAACAUCUUUAUUGGUGUUUGGCAGAUUCAUCACGAUGAAUCUAUUUGGAAAGACCCUGCAACAUUUAAGCCGGAACGCUACCUAGGCUACGACAAAUUGGCCAGCUAUUACGCUGGGAGCAGCGACUGGGCUGAAUAUCCACACCACUAUGCGUAUGGAGCCGGAAGACGUAUCUGUCCAGGCAUGCACCUAGCAGAGAGGAAUAUAUGGCGAACCACAGCGAAGUUGCUUUGGGCUUUCAACUUUUCUGAGCCGACUGACGGGUCGGGCGCCGUUAAAUCGCUGGAUACUGAAGCCUACGUCGAGGGUUUAGUUCGAGAACCUCUCCCAUUCGAACUCAAGAUUGAGCCCAGAAGCAAAGAACACAUGGCCACCAUCCAAAAAGAGUUGCUCGACACGGAAAAAUUCUUACGGGCUUUUGAAUAA